AACUGCCAACUUAAUAUAAACGGAAAUACACUGAUUUGACUCGCCAACUUCAUUUAAUGCCACCUUGUUUCCGAUCCUUCUUCUCUAACUAACGAAACAAAAUGACUUGCAAACGUAGAAACGGUGGACGUGCCAAACACGGUCGUGGUCAUGUGAAUCCUGUCCGUUGUACUAAUUGUGCUCGAUGUGUACCUAAGGAUAAAGCAAUUAAAAAAUUUGUUAUUCGUAACAUCGUAGAAGCUGCAGCUGUUAGAGAUAUUACAGAAGCAAGCUUUUAUUCGGCAUAUCAACUUCCAAAGUUAUAUGCUAAGUUACAUUAUUGUGUUUCUUGUGCUAUUCACUCAAAAGUAGUCCGUAAUAGAUCUAAAGCAAAUCGUCGAAUCAGAACACCUCCAGUUCGUAAUUUCCCUAGGGAUCUUCGUCAAGGUCAACAAAGCAGAAAAUAAUUUACUAUGUAAAUUUUAAGUAAAAUAAAAAAUAAAAUCGA